AUGGAUAUCGACGAAGACGAGGAUUUCUACGCUCCCGACGAGCCUGCCCAGGCCGCUCCUGCUGCGACCACAACCCAAUCCAGCACAACCCCCGCUGCCGUAUCAACCAACACAACAGCCCCAGCGCCCACAGCAUCAUCAAAACCAGACAACGACGAGCUCGAGGAAGGCGAAGAGGAAGAUGACGGGGAAGGCGGCGGCGCCAUGGACGAAGACAACUCCAACGACGAUGACGACGACGACGACUCGGACAUUGACAUCAUCACGGAGCGCAAAAACGACGGAUCUUCUGCCCCUCCUCCUCCCGUCCAGAGUCGCUACAGCGAGAUCCGCAACAUUCCGCAGAGAGCGGCGGCGAACGAGAAUGGCGUCAAGACUGCGCCUGUUUCUGCGGUGAACAAGAAGGUGGAUGGCAACACCAAUAACAAGAUUGGUGGACACGGAAGUGAGGAUAGGAAUAACAGGAAGGGAAGCGCUGCUGCUGCUGCCGGUAGUGGUAAAGGUGGCAGUGGUGGAGCAGAGCUGCCGCCUGUUAGGACGAGCAAGAUCGAGGUGGAUGGCAUUCCGGUUUAUAAACCUGUUGGCAAACCGAUUACGGGUGUUGUUAUUGAUGAAGACCUCCCCGAAAACGACAAACCCUGGCGCAAACCCGGCACCGACCUGUCCGACUACUUCAACUACGGCUUCGACGAGUUCACCUGGGCCCUGUACGCCCAAAAGCAGGAGGCCCUUCGUGGGGAGUACAACGCCGAAGCCAUCGCUGCUAACAACAAGAAGAUGAUGGAGGAGAUGACCAACAUGAUGAUGAUGGGCGGCAUGAUGCCUCCCGGCAUGGGCGGCCCCGGUGGUCCUGGUGGUCCUGGUGUUGGCAUGGGCGGCGGACCGGGUGUUCCUGGUCCUGGUGCUGGUGGCAUGGGUGGCAUGGGUGGAGGUCCUGGUGGUCCAGGUGGUGGUGGUAUGCAAGAUAUGCCGCCUGAUAUGCAAGCCAUGAUGCAGCAGAUGAUGGGCGCGGCGGCGCAGGGCAUGGAUCCGGGCCAGAUGGGCCAGAUGGGCCAGAUGGGCAUGGGCGGCGGUGGUGGUCCGGGUGAUAUGGGUGGUAUGGGAGGCAUGUUUGGUGGUGGUGGUCCUGGUGGUGGUCCGGGAGGUCCAGGUGGACAAGGUGGCGGUGGCCAGGGACAGCAGUUUGGUGGUGGUGGUGGUGGGUUUGGUGGUAAUCAGGGACAGGGCGGUUAUGGUGGAGGUGGUUAUGACCAGAUGGGUGGUGCCGGUGGUGGUGGUGGUGGAAGGGGUGGUAGGGGAAGGGGAAGAAGGUGGUAG